AUGGCCAAACUUGACAUCUCCGUUCCCGACCUCACCUUACCUGAUGGCAACAAGAUACCGCUGAUCGGCUAUGGACUCGGGACAGCUUGGUACAAAUCGGACAGCAAUGCGCCCAAAGAUCAAAAGUUAAUCGAAGCCACUAAGGUCGCCCUCAAAGUCGGUUACAGACACCUCGAUGGCGCCGAGGUGUACAACACCGAAGAGGAACUGGGCGACGCCAUUAAGCAGAGCCAAGUUCCGCGGGAACAGUUGUUUGUGACGACCAAAGUGAUUGUCAACAUCGAGGAUAUUCCUGCAGCCAUUGACAAGAGUUUGAAGAAACUGGGACUGGACUAUGUCGACCUCUAUCUGAUACAUUCUCCGUUCUUUGCCAAAGGAGACAAGAAGGCGCUACAGGAGAAGUGGGCGCAAUUGGAACAGAUAGCAGCUGCGGGUAAGGCGAAAAGCAUCGGGGUCAGCAACUUCUUGAAACCCCAUCUAGACGCCAUCCUCGAGACCGCCAAAGUGCGCCCUGCGAUCAACCAGAUCGAAUUCCAUCCUUACCUACAACACGGAGAUCUGCUUGCAUACCAUAAAAACAAGGAUAUCCGGGUCGCGGCGUACGCUCCCUUGACGCCACUUAUUCGCGCCAAAGGGGGCCCGAUCGAUGGAAUCCUGGACUCCCUGGCCAAGAAAUAUGCAGUCAGUCCGGGCGAGAUCCUCCUCAGAUGGAGCAUUGACCAGGAUGUUCUGCCUAUAACCACCAGCUCGAGCGAGCAACGGCUGAGCGAUUAUCUGAGAGUCUUCACCUUUAAGCUGACUCCGAAGGAGGUGGAGGAGAUAUCACAGGUGGGCAACACUCAUCAUUACCGGGCAUUCUGGAAUGAUGUCUUUGGUGCGGAUGAUCGGUCGUGA